AUGAUCAAAAAAUAUACAUUAACAUUUAAUUCAUCUGAACUUGAAUAAUCAUUUAACGUAUGGAUUAUUGAUCAAAGUCAAAAUAUGUAUGAAUUUACUUUGGCCACAUUCUCAAUCUAUUUGAUACUUAACCUUAUUAACUACAAUCAGAGCAUCAUCUAUAUAAUAACUACAUCGGUGACUCUCUGCAUUGAAUUGACCAUGCUUUUCUUUUUCCGCAGAUAUCCUAUGCAAAGGGAGGUCAUAAAGAGCUUAAAUUUGAUUGUCAUUAGCAUACUGAUAGGCAUUUACAUAUGGUUAAACCAAAGCUAAAAUAUAUACAUAGAAGUUGGAGCUGCUAGAUUAUGUCUCUAUUUAUAGGGUAACAUAUUUACCAUCCAAACAGCAAUAUUUCUAUUCAGUCAAGCUGCUGAAUUAUCAAUUCUUCAAUAAUAGAUGAUUCCUUUAAUUAAGUAUAGUGUUUUUUGUGUUUACUUUAUCUAUCACCGUUAUCAAACAGAGAUGAAUAGACGCUAGCACUACCUGGCUUACAGAUCUCAAAUCCUGUAUGAGAAUUUCAUAGAAGAAUAAUUGCCAGCAUGGGUAGUACUGGUUAAAUAUGAUACAAAAUAGGCUCAGUUAAAAAUGGACAAAAUAAAUAGGGUCAUGAAGGACACUUUUAACUUGAAUUCAGAUUAGAAGUUCAGAGAAUUUCUAAGGGAUUCUAAUAUUUAACCACUGGAAGGAAUCAAUCACAAAGCAUUUAGCUUCGAAGACGAACUCAUUAAAGAUUUACUCCAAAAAUAACAAAACGACAAAAUUACUAAAUUUGUUGGAAGAUUCGUUGGCAAUGACAAGAAGGGGCAAUUUCAAAUCACAAAAAUCUAUUUUAAUACUCUAGAACCAACAAUUUUGUUAUUAUUUAUAGAGGAAGGUGAUGAUUUAUUUGAUUUUUUCACUCAUUAACUAUAAUGGAGAGAUCAAUAACUUGUUAAUCAUAGUAAAGCAUGUGUGAAGUAUAUCAAAGAUUAAAUCAAUUUAUUAAAAUUCCUCAAAUAAUAAGCGACCACAUAGUAACUUUAUCAUAUCAAUAAUUAAAUUAGUAAUAGCUAUCUACUCUUCAACUAAAGUUUGAACAUUUUUAAUAUCACUAAAAUCAUCUACAACAAAUUAAAAUAUCAUAUCAACUAAUUUAACUUAUAAGAUUUAAUUACAUAAUUAAAAGAGGAUUUAAAAUUUUCGAAUAAAUAAUUAUUAUUUGAUUUAGAAUUGAAAACAGACAGAUCAAAAAUGAUUUCAGUUAUUCUAAGUAUUUCAGAAUUUAUUAGAUUAAUGCUUGCCAUCAACUCAGAUAAUGAAAAACAGCUUUAUGAAAUUCACCCUUUAGGCUUUCCAAUUUAAAUUAAAUUUAAAAGAAUUUACACUAAUCCAGGAUGCCUAUUAAUUACAAUGAAACAUUAACUCCUAAACAUUCCAAUUUAAAUACAAGAAUUUUUAUCAAAAGGGGCUUCUUUUACUGAUCAUAAAAAAAGAAAUUGGGGUGUAAAUCACUAUUAUGAGAACAUUUAAAAUUUGAGUGAUUAAUUUCAUAAAAUCAAUGUUACAACUCAUAACUUAAGAAAUGGUUAAAUGCCAUGUAUUGAACUUGAUCUAAAUUUGCAGCAACAGUAAUAGAGGAUCGAAGUCAAUUUGGAUGGAAGUACUGAACCUUUCAGCACUUUAGGACUUCCACUGGCUUAAUAUUUAAUAUCUUAGAUUGGUCCCAACAAUCAAAUCUAAUUUUAAGAUAAACCAUUGAAACAUUUCCCCGAUCCCCUGUCUUUCCGAAAUGCUACAACCUAAACAAAAAUAUAGUUCAAAUUAUACGAGGACUUAAAUUAAUUUAUAUAUCAAUUAAAUUAAUAAGAUCCAAAUCCUUAUUUAGACUUUUUCAUCUCUAAUAGUAGUUAGAAAGGUGGAUUUAAAACUUACUGCAGUAUGUCUCCUCAAAAUCAUCGAAAAAGUGGAAUGACAUCAUAAUUGAUUAAUUUUAAAUUAAAUUGA